AGUGACUCCAUUUCUCCAGCACGACUGUUGUUGCAGUUGUCUCCGGUCGUCAUCAUGAGGGGAACACUGCUCGUACUCCUCUUCCUCACCACAGCUGUGUCUUCCCUCACUGGGCCCGAGCGCCUCACAGUCUACACUGGGCGGAGGACAGAGCUGUCCUACUCCUACAGCAACGAGUACUACUUCAGCCAUCGCAAGUACUGGUGCCAGGGCUACUACAGGAACAGCUGCCAGGUUGUAGCGUACGCCGACGAGGAUGGCGCAGGGGCGGAUGUGCAAGUGCAGGACGAUAAAGAAAACGGGCGCAUAACUGUCAUCAUUAAUAGCCUGUCGCUAACGGACCCCACGGAUUACUGGUGUGGCAUCGAGAGGAAUCACCUCCUGGACAUCAUGGCCUACACCAAGCUGGACAUCGUCGAAGGUUCCAAGGAGCGCCAUGCACGCCUGGACGCCCCUCUGGAGUACAUCUUGCCCUUCUGCAUGCUGGGCGUGCUGCUGCUCCUGGUUGGCAUAGUGUUCCUGGUGAAGUUCCUGUGCCAGCGCAGGAAGGCAGCGAGCUCAGGAGUCCUGCCGCUGGGGGAGGAGCUUGCGGGGGACAGCCAAUCAGGGGACGAGGCGGGGCAGAGGCCGGACCACAGGGUGAUUUACACGGCGGUGAAGGAGGGCGCCAGGUGGUCCUCGCGGGCUCCAGGGGGUGCUGCCGCAGGGGAGGAGCCCGAAGCCAGUGCCAACAUCCACUACAGCGACAUUGAAUUCGUAUAGGAGCCUGUGGGCGUGCUCGGACAA